AAUCCCCAAAACCUAAACCAAUUUGCCUACCCCCAGCGCCGACGCCCGCUUUCCACCCAGAGAAAAUGACAACCAGAUUCAAGAAGAACCGCAAGAAGCGCGGCCACGUCAGCGCCGGGCACGGUCGUAUCGGCAAGCACCGCAAGCAUCCCGGUGGUCGGGGUAACGCCGGAGGAAUGCACCACCACCGCAUCCUCUUCGACAAGUACCAUCCUGGAUACUUCGGCAAGGUCGGUAUGAGGUACUUUCACCGCCUCCGCAACAAGUUCCACUGCCCGACGGUGAACAUCGACCGCCUCUGGUCGCUGGUGCCGCAGGAGGUGAAGGACAAGGCGUCCAAGGACAACGCGCCGCUCAUCGACGUCACUCAAUUCGGCUACUUCAAGGUGCUGGGGAAGGGUUUGCUGCCGGAGGGUAAGCCGGUCGUGUUGAAGGCCAAGCUCGUGUCGAAGAACGCGGAGAAGAAGAUCAAGGAAGCAGGCGGUGCCGUCGUCCUCACCGCUUGAUUAGGGUAUUUUCCCCCAAUUUAAUUUACUUUUCAAAUUUUAUGCAAUCGUGGAUACUGGUGAUAUUGGUAGUCUAUGCUCUAUUAGAUGCUUUAACUAAAAUGAAUUUUGUGUUUUUGGGAUAUUCCGGAGUAAUCCAAUUUUAUUUUUGUUUUUA